UACCUCCCGCUCUCUCUCUCUACGGUGCAGGAUGAGGGGCCUCAUCGCUCUGGUUCUCUUCGCUGCCUGCUUGUUCAUGGCCGUGGCCUUCAAGGCCAUACGGCAGGAGUUCAACAUCCGCAGAAUGAACAGCCAGAUUCUCGUCAACGGCGAGCGUGCAAAGGGGAUGGAGGACGAAAUCCUGACCAACAAGCUGAAGAUGCAGCAGCUGAACACCGAGAUGACUCCCUUGAAGAACCAGAUCGAGGGGCUGACGAAGAAGAAGGAGCAACUGAAGAAAGCCAGUGUCGCCUCUGAGACCGGUCAGGGCACCUGCAACAAACAAAAGGUCGAAUCUGAGCAGAAGGAAAUGGUGACGGCAGAAGCACUGGAGAAACUGAAGAUCGAACAGGAAUCUGAAGAGCAGAAAGCUCUGGAGGAGAUCGAGAAUUUGCAAAAACAGAUUCUGGACAGAGACGUGGCCGUCUGUGCAUUUCUGGAUCAGAAGCAGGAGGAGGGAAGGAAGCUGUGUAAGGAGAAACAAAACGGCCAAAUCAAAUCAUGACAGAAAACAAGAAAAUAAACUUGAUAAGGACGGAACCUUCAGCAUUUUUGAGUGAUAUUUCUUAUAUAUUUAUAUAUUGGGUCGCUUUUCAUCUGACUUUGCAUCUCAGUGCAUCUCUUAUAGACUAAGACCUACGUUUUGCACGAUACAACACCAUGGCUGACCCAUCUACAGUUGUGUCCAGAUAACAGCGAGGUUUAAUUGGUGUGACA